CCAGCGAACAUGUCUUUGAUCUUUUCUUUUUCUCUUUGCAUGUGCGUCUCCAAACAGGUGCGCAGUCUUUCACCUAUGUGUUUUCAAGCAGAACAAGAAAUCCCAAAGCCCCUGGUUGGAACAGAAACAGGACUUCAUACCAUGCACUUCCUCCAAUGAGAGAGGAGACAACAGGGGCGUGUAUCGGUUACAGUGCUCAACUCAGUCCUGGAAAGUACAGAUACUGCAACACUGAAUUGUGAGAGUAUGGCAUAAAAAUGUACACAGAACGGUGUCCUGUGAAGCACAAAGCUUGAAAAUUUGCCCAAGUUGAACAGGUACCUACCAGGGACAAUGGACAGGAGGGAUGCGACAUGGAUAUGGUGUACGUCAGAGUGUACCCUAUGGCAUGGCAACUGUGAUCCGUUCACCCCUCCGAACAUCUCUAGCUUCACUUCGAAGUGAGCAGAGCAACGGCACUGUUCUGCAUGACGUCACUUCAGACAGUCCAGCUGGAACAAGAGGAGGUUUUGUGCUCAAUUUUCACAGUGAUCCAGAAGCUAUGGGCAUUAAGAAAAAAGGAGGCUUAUUCAGAAGAGGAUCCCUUCUUGGUAGUAUAAAACUUAGAAAAUCUGAAUCUAGGUCAUCGAUAUCUAGCAAACGGAGCUCUGUCAGGAGUGAUGCUGCUAUGAGCAGAAUUAGUUCUAGCGAUGCCAACUCUACAAUUAGUUUUGGAGACGGUGACUGUGAUUAUUGCCCUAUGGAAGACCAUGUUGAUGCCACCACUACAGAAACCUAUAUGGGUGAAUGGAAGAAUGACAAGCGCAGUGGUUUUGGUAUUAGUGAGCGUUCAAAUGGUAUGAAAUAUGAAGGAGAAUGGCUAAAUAACAGGAGGCAUGGAUAUGGAUGUACCAUGUUUCCAGAUGGCACCAAAGAAGAGGGAAAAUAUAAAAAUAAUGUUUUGGUCCGUGGAAUAAGAAAGCAACUUAUACCAAUACGAAACACAAAAACUAGAGAAAAGGUGGAUAGAGCAAUAGAGGGUGCACAAAGAGCAGCUGCCAUGGCAAGAACCAAAGUGGAAAUUGCAACUUCAAGAACUGCACAUGCAAGAGCUAAAGCUGAUGCUGCGGAUCAGGCUGCUCAGGCUGCUCGCCAGGAAUGUGAUAUUGCAAGAGCAGUUGCCAGAGAACUUUCACCAAAUUUCUACCAACCAGGCCCUGAUUAUAUCAAACAAAAAUUUCAAGAAGGAAUGGAGGUGAAAGAAAAAUCUGAAGAAAAAGUUCAGGAAAAACCACCUACCCCAAAAGAGUCACCUCACUUUUAUCGAAAAGGUACUACACCCCCUCGAACCCCAGAAGCAAGUCCAAGGCAUAGUCCUCCUCUUUCUUCUGAGCCUUCUCCUUCAAAACAACUGAAAAGGCAAAGCUCCACUUCUGGGGCAAGACUCAGUCAAGAAAAAAAGCUUUUAGCCACUGAGAAUAUAACACCCACAGUUAACAAGCCUUUAUAUUCAAAAGCACCAACGAAGGAGGAAGUAGCUGUGAAACAUCAGCCAAAGUUCUCAGCCCAUCACAAUCCCAUCAGCACAGAGAAUGGGGAGCUGCAUGGUCACUACCAUGGCUAUUAUGUGAAAGUGAAUCCAACAGUGCUUCCACAGGAGCUCAGGGAAGAAGAAGAUGAAUAUGUCAACCCACCACCAUCAACACUUGCACGGAUACCACCCUCACAGAAGCCAAGUCCUGCUAGAUCUGGGGGUAAGCCAGAUGCCAAAGAAAACAAACCUGACACAAAAAUUAAGAAACCAGAAUUUGCUGCACCAAAGAACCCAGCUAAUAAUGAGUCACAUUCAGCAGUGGAAAAAGAAGUAGAAAACAGCUCGGGCCCUAAUUCAGUCAUGAUCGCCCUGGUAAUGCUGUUGAAUAUUGGUUUAGCCAUUCUUUUUGUCCAUUUUCUCACUUGAUUGGAAUUAGGAAAGGUAAGAAAGGUUUUGUUCUCAUAUAAAAUCACCAUAUCCACCCCACGUCAAAUGAUAAAGAUUUCAUUUCUUUGCAUAUUUUUAAUGUUCCCUACUUUAAUUUUAGCUAUGCCUGAAUGUGAUUCAACAUAGUUAUUUAAUAAUGUAACUGUUUUGACCCUUCAGUGAAGUCAUGACAACUAGUGGUGUUAGCCCACAGUUCUCUGCAGUUGUGUCAUCAGCCUUUUAAAUGGCACCUGUCAUACUCAGACACAGGGAAGGAGGCUUGGAAUUAGGAUGGGACGCAAGAGAGAUGAAACUUGGAAAAUUCAGCCAGGGGCCCAGAUCAGUUUCUCUACUGAUGGCUCGUGGCUUUGGGGUCUUCUGAAAGCUGAAGCAAGCAGCCAUGUUGGAAAACAAACAAAAUAAUCUGCUGAAGCAGCCCCGCCGGUGAAGUGCGUUGGCUUCUCCAUCUGUUCCAGCAGAGUGUGACUAAACUGGAAAUGUACGGAGCUGCACUUUUUGUUGAUGGAAGCUAACAGCUGCCUUACUAUUUUACCGUCUGAUGUUUUUAGUGGGGAGAUGGGAAAACGACUGCCAGAGGAAUGUGGUCAGAGGAUUCUGUUGCUGUGGAAGUGAUUCCAGCGUUCACUCCUAUCUCAUUAGAAGAAAUAGUUAGCAGCAUCAGUCACCACUCUUAUUCCAUUACCUGCUGCUUUUAACAUCUCCUGCAGUGUGCUGGGAGGUCGAAUUUCAUUUGCCUGUGCAUGAUUCUGUUCAUUCGUUGUUUAUGAAAUUUGAUGUAUAGCCAUAACAUAGUGUCUGGUCCAGCCUGGAGAAAGCUACCAGUUCUGUCUAGCAGCAGAAGCAGAAAACAAAAUACCUUUUUCUGAUCAGAAGAUGAAAUUCUUAAAUUCAUUUUCCUAAACCUGAAGAGCCGUUUUGCUUUAAGGUUUAGUAAGUAAUACACCAUGACUGCAAAAUUUUAAGAUGUUGAUAUCUUCCUAAAAGUGCUCAAAUGCUUAUGCCAACAGCAAGCAAAACUUUUCAUAAUAAAAGAAGAAGAAUCUUAAUUUGAUAUCAGCACAUUCUAAACAGGAGGUGAAAUAUCAGAAUAAGCCAAGAAAGAUGAGAUACAGGGUUUGCAUGUUGACUUUUUUCCUUUUUUUUUUUUUUUUUAAUUCUGGUGCUGUGGUAAUCGGUGAUUUGAAUUAUUAUGUUUCAACACUGAAGUAUUUUGCCAGCGGUUAAAAUAAAAUCUUGUCUGAGUGCACAUUAAUGCCAAUGACAGUUAAGCUAGCUAAUGCUCAUAAUAAAUUAUCAUAACGUUAAAAUACUAGGUUUGUGUUGAAUACAUUCAGGUAGAGCGUUUAGAAAUGUGAAGUGAUUGUUUAUCGAUUUGAUGCCUCCAGUGUCUUUAAAGUCCACUUAUAAUUUUACCUCAGCAUUAAAAAAGCCUCAAAUUUUUUCAUUUGGAAAGUUUGUCUUAAGUAGUUUCUCAGCCCUUUGUUCAAAUGAUGUGAUCAUGUUUCUUUUUAUGUGCCAUAUACUGUAAUUAUUGUACCCUAUAUUAAUCAAAAGCAUGCUUAUUUACUGAAAAUACGUGGUGUGAUCAUUUGGCAAGUAAAUCUUUUCAUUUAAAGCUACAAAAAGCAAAGGGCUUGUAUUACAGUUUAUUUUAUCUCUAUUAGAAAAUCUUUCAUACAAUAUAGUUUUUGAACCUGUUUGUAAACUUUCUAAGUGUUUGCAUGGUUUAAUGGGCGACAUUCGUACGAAGUACAUUCGCUAUCUUUUGAUGCAGCAUAUUAAAGUAACGUAGGUGUGGACUGAAUAUUGUGCAGCAAAGCAGCUCCAAGCAGGACAGUAACACCAUGGUGUUUUUUACAGAAGAAUGUUGAGAAUCCUGUGUUUUGACCAGUGUGGAUAAAGAAGAAAGCAGAAAGAGAGCAAAUGAAAAUAAAACUUG